CAGGACACAGAUACAACUAGGAACUGAGAGCUGCAUCAUCUGCUCCAGCUUCAGAUAAAGACCCUGGAGGGGGGAAAGAUUAGGAGGGGAACAACACAACCAGCCAGAUCUUGUCAAGUGUAGGAGCCCAACUGCAGAGGGAAGAGGGAUUUGUGAUCAGCUCUGCAUGGCUUUGUUUCCAGACUGGAAGUAAAGCUGCAUCUCUUUAUUUUACCAGCAAGGAUUCUUUCUGCCCUGUGCAAUAUUAUACAUUAAAUACUAGUACAGUAUACACAGUAUUGGCAUGUCCUGAUAGCUGCAGAGUUGUGAUCCACACCCAUCCCCACGCGUGGAUCUGUAUCUCCUUGGAUGGUUGCCUGUGUUUGCUGCUAGAGCCACAGUAUAUUUUCCUGUCUAAGGAUUGAGUUGUGGUUUCUUGCUGGGUCAGCCCUUCCUCCUCUAUGCAGGGGAUUUAAUGCACAGGAAAGGCACAGUCUGCAGAAGAUUCAUUCAUUUGGGGGUCCCCAACCCCUUAUUCAGGUUUUGAUUCCUGCAUUGGUUCCUUGGAUUUCACCCUAUUCAAGCAUUGAACAUGCUGCUGAAGGAGUACCGGAUCUGUAUGCCUCUCACGGUAGAGGAGUACAGAAUUGGACAGUUGUAUAUGAUCAGCAAACAUAGCCAUGAACAGAGUGACCGAGGAGAAGGUGUGGAAGUUGUUCAGAAUGAGCCCUAUGAGGAUCCAGUUCACGGGCCUGGCCAGUUAACAGAGAAGAGGGUUUACCUGAACAGCAAACUUCCAAGCUGGGCUCGAGCUGUUGUCCCCAAAAUCUUCUAUGUAACGGAGAAAGCCUGGAACUACUAUCCAUACACUAUCACAGAAUACACAUGUUCUUUUUUGCCGAAAUUUUCCAUUCAUAUAGAGACAAAGUAUGAAGACAACCAAGGAUGUAAUGAUAGUAUUUUUGACAAUGAAGCCAAAGACCUGGAGAGAGAUGUUUGCUUUAUUGACAUUGCAUGUGAUGAGAUCCCUGAGCGCUAUUAUAAAGAGUCAGAGGAUCCCAGAAACUUUAAGUCAGAAAAGACAGGGCGAGGUCUACUCAAGGAAGGCUGGAGAGAGACGCAUCAGCCGAUUAUGUGCUCCUAUAAAUUAGUUGCUGUGAAAUUUGAGGUGUGGGGACUUCAGACUCGGGUUGAGCAGUUUGUGCAUAAGGUUGUUAGAGAUAUUCUGCUGAUUGGACACCGACAAGCCUUUGCCUGGGUUGAUGAGUGGUAUGAUAUGACAAUGGAUGAUGUUCGAGAUUACGAGAAAAAUAUGCAGUACAAAACCAACAUUAAAGUUUGCAAUCAACAUUCAUCUACAAUGGAUGAAAUAGGCAGUCAUGCCAAAGCAAGCACAUGACAAUGGAUGAGGUCCGAGAGUUUGAAAGAACCACUCAGGAAGCCACGAACAAGAAAAUCGGAUUCUUCCCACCCUCAAUUUCAAUCACUGACAUUGCUCUGCCCUCAUUGGCACGCAGUGGGCCUUC